GUGACGAGCUGCUCAGCGUGUCGCUGUCAGGUGACUCGGGGAAGAUGGCUGCGUUGACAGCGGAGGACUUCGCCGCGCUCCAGAGCCUGCUGAAGGCCUCCUCAAAAGAUGUUGUCAGACAGCUGUGCCAAGAGAGCUUUUCCAGUUCAGCCGUUGACUCAAAAAAACUCUUGGAUAUUACAUGUUCCAGCUUGUCUGUGACCCAGGAGGAAGCAGAGCAACUGCUCCGGGCCCUGCACCGCCUCACCAGGCUGGCCGUGUUCCGUGACCUGUCCUCUGCCGAGGCGAUUCUGGCUCUCUUCCCUGAGAAUUUCCACCAAAACCUCAAAAACCUGCUGACGAAAAUCAUCCUAGAACAUGUCUCCACUUGGCGAACGGAAGCGCAAGCAAAUCAGAUCUCCCUGCCACGCCUGGUCGACCUGGACUGGAGGGUGGACAUCAAAACCUCCUCUGACAGCAUCAGCCGCAUGGCCGUCCCCACCUGCCUGCUCCAGAUGAAGAUCCGGGAAGACCCUAGUCUGUGUGGAGACAAGCCCUCCGUCUCGGCCGUCACCGUGGAACUGAGUAAGGAAACGCUGGACACCAUGCUAGACGGGCUGGGCCGCAUCCGAGACCAGCUUUCCGCCGUGGCCAACAAAUGACCCCAGCCAGCCGUCGCCCCCGCUGCUGGGUCCCAGCUGCCGGCCAGCGAGGGAGCGCCUCCCAGCUGUCUCUGUAGCGGCAGCUGCGGCCGACGGCAGGCCGGCUGGGAAGGGGCUGCCAUGCGGAAGGCACGGCGGAUGGGGAGGACGCAGCCAUGCCCCCCCGCCGUCCUCCCUCAUCUUUCCUCUCCCCGAAGCUCUGAGGCAGAAGCCUCCUCGGCUGGAAGGCGUAACCAGCACUGUGGCCUGUGAGGGGGACUCGGCUUCGGCAGCUGCCCUGAGUGGCCAGCGGGAAAUCCGGGCCCAGCUGGCGGAGCUCAUCUAGCAGGUCCCUCCCAGCAGCAGGUGGGACCCGUGAGGUGGCAGCUCGGAACACAGGGAGGCCACUGGCAGUUCCACUCCGUCAGGGAAGCUGGCGGAUCCCCAGAGCGGGGCCACUGCAGUGUGACGCACCCCUGGCCUCCGCCCAGGGCCCCACCCAGCCCCCUCCACCCUGCCAGCCCUCCUUCCGGCGCAGGGAGGCUGAAAGGGGGGCUGAUCUCCUCCUUCACGCAGCCAGAGGGUCCUUCCUUGGCAUCAUGCUGCCGUUCCAGGCUAACGAAGUGGGAAUGAUUGGAAAUAAAUAAUGGUUCUAAAAACUUCA